CCAUCCAGAUUUCCAUUGUAUGGCCUGCAAACCGAAGGCUCUAAAUGCAUCAUACUUUCCACCUCUUCCCCUCUGCCCUCCCCUGCAUCUCUUCUUCAAUCAAACCUGCGCUGCUCUCCCUGCCUCAUGGCUGCCUCCAUAUCGGCCGCGGGGCUCAAAGCCCUGCCCUCCACCUUCCAUGGAAGCUGGACUACUUCGCUUGCUGGCGAAGACCGAGCGGUGCUGACCAAGUCAGUCCCGACAUAUGUUCGUGUUGCUCGGCCUCUAAGGUCUCGGCCUAGGAUGGGCAACAUCAACGAAGGCAAAGGCCUCUUCGCACCGUUGGUCGUUCUCACCCGCAACAUCAUUGGCAGGAAGCGAUUCAAUCAGCUGAGAGGCAAGGCCAUAGCUCUCCAUUCACAGGUGAUUACAGAGUUCUGCAAGACUAUAGGUGCUGAUAAUAAACAAAGGCAAGGGUUGAUCCGCUUGGCCAAGAAGAAUGGAGAAAAGCUUGGUUUUCUUGCAUAAACGAUAAGAUGAAUUUUGUCGGCAGCAAGAGCUUAAUAUUGUAAGACUUUUUCUGGGAUUUUUUUUUUAAAAAAAAGGGAACAUAGUGUAUAUAUUUGGAUUGUCUGGCUUCAAAGGUUUGCAUGUAGGAAAGCAAUUAUUACAUGUUUUCUGUGGCA